AUUUUUUUUCCUUUCAUUCUUUUUGGUGGAAGCCAGACGUCGACGGAUAAUGUCGAUAUGAGGCCUUUUGGUGGAAGCAGAGCUUCUCUUUAGAUGAUCUGUGAACGUUGAAUUGCGGAAGGAGGAUUCAAUCUAUUAUACCAUAAAGUGGUGCCAGUGAAAGAUUCCAGGCAUGGAUAGCAGCAAGGAGCAUGGUGAGGUUGAUGGGGACAUCCCUGAAGGGGAACCUGAACCAUCCAUGCCCUCAUCUCAGGAGGAGGAAGAAGCAAUCAAGAAAAAGUAUGGAGGGAUUAUACCCAAGAAACCACCACUGAUUUCUAAGGACCAUGAACGUGCCUACUUUGAUUCAGCUGAUUGGGCACUAGAAAAGCAAGGAGCUCCUGUAGAUACUCCUAAAGGACCACUUGAGGCCCUUAGGCCUAAAUUGCAGCCCACACAACAACAUGCACGGUCCCACAGAUCUCCUUGUGCUCCUCCAGAUUGUCAAGAUGAAGGAGACGGAAGUCAUGGAACUGCCAAUGAUUGAGAGACUGCUGGUGGCCUUCGUAUCUCAAUAUAUUGAUGUUUAUUCUUCUAGUAUCUGUAGAAGUGACGAGUUCUAUUCCAUUGCUUCCAACAAUAAAAGCAGUGAAAAUUUGAUGUACUUGCUGAAGAAAAAGAACCUUAACAAUGUGUCUUAGGGCUGGGACUCAAGCUGGAAUUGCCAAAUUAAGGUCUUUUUCAGUUUUGGAGUA